AUGAGCGGGCUCUGCGCUCGACGUCUUUUCCGCAACGGGGGCUGCGCUCUUCUCGCUGCUUUCUUCAUAGUUCAGCAGCCCGAUGGUGGAGAAUCUGUUUUCAAUGACCUCACAGGGGCAUCAGUAGAGUUGCCAGUACAGCCAACCCCACCGCAGCCACCGCUGCAGGGCGGGGCCUCGCCCUUUCCACAGCAACUGCUUGGCAAACACAGCUUCGUCCCACAAGCGGAAGGAACCACAACGACUGCAGGCCCUUCGCUCCCAACGCAGCAACCUGGGACGGCAGGAUACGCGUCUGCAUUCACUCAGUUCCUCGGCACUGCAACCCCUGCGGUGCCACCGACUCAACCACAGGCUCCAGCGGUACCAGCAGGGUUGCCGAGUCUUUACCAACCGCCGUUUUUGGACUUUUACGGCAGUCCAACAGCAAGUGCAGUAGGGGCAGUAGCGACAGCAGGAAACGCAGCAGGUUCGGCUGGAGGCGCAGCAGGACUAGCAGGUGGAAGCUGGCCCCCAUUUGGUAGCCGCGCGCAGAAUGCGCUUGCAGCAGGCUUGCCUGUACAUACAGCAGAAGUGGGAGAUGUGACGGGUGCAGCACCGGUGACAGACACCAGCGUUCCAGUUGGAUUUCUUUCGAGUGCCAAUGGCGUGUAUAAAGUUCCUCGCUUUCCUUCUGGCGUCCAGUCUGUUAGUGAACCGAACGAGGAGGCAAUUAAGAAGUGCAUAUUGCGAAUCUCGGCGUCGCAGAUGACGAGUGGAUUCAGUGAUACUUUGAAGUCUGGGGGUGUUCAGAUAACAGGUAGUGCAUACUCCCAGUUGCUGCGCCUAGUGGGCACCAGCUCGCCUCGCUACACUUCCAAAUUGAGCGCCCCCAUAGUGUUAUUCCAGAGGGCCGUAGGGACACGAAUCAGUUACGAGAUUAGGGUGGCUGUUCCUCAGGGCUGUGUCCUACUUCCCAGCGACCCAAAUUUGAUGGGUCUGAUCAGAAGAGAGGGCAAAUAUAUUGUUGAAGCGGCGAUACGGCUCCAACCCGACAUGCUCGCGGAGUACACGUCCUCUGUGGCGGCAGUUCCAGCUGAUGUCGUGGCGUUUGCGGCAGCGCUUGCUCCCAAUUCGAAUUUUCAGCCGUUGGGGCAUUGCGUAUAUGUGGCUCAUUUUACAACCAAGCCCGAGAAUAUCCAGCUAUUUGCGUCGUAUACUCAAGUCAAGGUUGUCGGUGUUACAGCGAUGGGCAUGGAAACGCUACAGCUGCAGAUUCCCCUAUCUUGUUUGCCGCAAUCGCUGCACCGUACCGCAUUGUGGUCCGUUGGACUGCACUCUGGGACUGCAGUAAUUGUUGCUUUCAGCCCGCCGCCCAAGGCCGAGCCUGAGUGGUUUGUUGUGCGGACAACUGGUGACGAAGCAGCCUUCAGUCGCCUUACAGGAUCACGUCCCUGA